GCUUCUCUCCCAGACGCCGCGCGUAGCCCUGGGAGCCGUAUCGCGAGCGCGAGUCCCCUCGGAGGAGCCGCGCAGAAGCCGGCACCCGCCGCGGGGAGGGGUGGCGACGGCGGCGGGAGCAACCUCUGGAGGCGAGCGGAGCCGCCAUGGCUGAAUUCCCGUCUAAAGUGAGCACGCGGACCAGCAGCCCGGCGCAGGGAGGCGGCGCCGCGGUUUCGGCGCUGCGCCCAGACCUGGGCUUCGUGCGCUCCAGCCUCGGUGCGCUCAUGCUGCUGCAGUUGGUGCUGGGGCUGCUGGUGUGGGCCCUGAUUGCCGACACCCCGUACCACCUGUACCCGGCCUAUGGCUGGGUGAUGUUUGUCGCUGUCUUCCUCUGGCUGGUGACAAUCGUCUUCUUCAUCCUCUACCUGUUUCAGCUGCACAUGAAGCUAUACAUGGUGCCUUGGCCGCUGGUGUUAAUGAUAUUUAAUGUGGGCGCCACCAUUCUCUACAUCACGGCCUUCAUCACCUGCUCUGCUUCGGUUGAACUGACGUCCCUGAAGGGCACCGGGCAGUAUAACCAGCGUGCAGCUGCCUCCUUCUUUUCGUGUUUAGUGAUGAUUGCCUAUGGAGUGAGCGCUUUCUUCAGCUUCCAGGCCUGGCGAGGAGUAGGCAGCAAUGCAGCCACCAGUCAGAUGGCUGGCGGCUAUGCCUAAACCACCGGUGCCAUGGGCCACCCUGGGCCUGAAGGCUGUAGCCUGGUCCCUGUGCAGGUGGCCCCGCAAGCCCGAAGCCUGAGCCCUGCAUGGAGUCAGCCCGGAAGGGACUACACUUGCUCUUCUCUGCUCGUCAGACUCCUUGGGCUCACCCCACACUCCCAGGGAAUCAGGAUCCUUCCUCUGGCAGGCACAUGGGCUGGAGAGAGGCCAACAGCCAAGACCUCUCCAUCCUCCAUAUUCAGCAGAAGGUGAUGGGGGAUACAGGACUCUCUCUGCUUUGUCUUUAUGACUUCGGUGUCCAAGGCUGGGACCCAGCCUUCUCAUUGGCACUAAAUACACUAACAAUGACUCCAGACUUGCAGCCCACCAUAGAAUGAGCCUAACAAGCAGCAAUUAUUUAUCUCUGUUUUUGUUCUGGGAAGCUGAGCAAAUUCACGAAACCGUUCUGAUUCCUUAAAACAUAAUCCUGGCCUGACCCUCCCCCAAGCCAGCACGUCACUUGUAGGGAAACUUGUCGAAAGAGGGUUAUGAUGCUGACAGUAUAGUCUUCCUUUCCUACAUUUCAGACGUACCAGUUAUUUUAAACAAAUCAGUUUUAAGUGACUUCUCAAUGACGAAAAACUUAUCCAGGUUUCCCUCCCUUUCCCAAGCCCUUGUUUGUAGUUUUCCCUUUGGGAAAAGCUAACAUCAAUGCCUACUGCCUCCUUGACACUGUUCAUCAGGCACCUGGGACAUGAGGGAGGGAGGGAGGGAAAGCAAGGCCUUGCUAGUGAGUUGUCCUUUGCUUGGUGGCAACUUUGUUGUUUUUGUUUUUUUACAAAAAUAAAGAUGAAAGAACUUA